CAUUAUCAAACAUGUGCUUGCGUCGCGACGCUUAUUGUAUCUCAACGUGAUGGAGUGUACCCAGGAGAUCUAUAGUUUUCUACCGAUUUUUCAUUUUAUCCAAACAGUUUUUGAACCAAUAAUUCAGCAUUCAUAAUAUUGCAUUUAUCAUUUGGCUAUUAAAUAUAAAAUAAUCAUUUCACUAACACAAUGGAGACUAGUGAAAGCGAAGAUAAUCUUGAAUUGUUUCAAUCACCGCCAAGACUUGGAAAGUGUGAAAUCUGCAAUGCCGUCCAAGCGAAGUAUACUUGCCCAAAAUGUGAAGUAAAAUCUUGUUGCCUAAAAUGUAUCAACAUUCACAAAAAAGAACUGAACUGUGAUGGAAUUCGUGAUCGUACCAAGUAUAUUCCAUUCAAACAAAUGACGAGAAUGGAUAUGAUGAGCGACUACUACUUUCUGGAGGAAUGUACACGAUUUGUUGAUGAUCGUAAACGAGACAAAAUCAAGAGAUACACCCGCUACAAUAAAAUUCUUCCUUCAUCGCUCUUUCGAAUGCGUAGUGCUGCGCGGGAACGCGGUACAACGUUGAAAUUUUUACUGAAGAAUUUUACCCGCCAUCAGCGUAACACCAGCCAAUUGAAUUUUAAAACUGGCGUCAUCCAAUGGCGCGUUGAAUGGUGUUUUCCAAAUGCUGAGAGUUUGAUGUUUGUCGACGAGCGAUGUGAUGAGAACGAAAAACUAUACGUCCUACUGGACAAGUACUUGGAAUCUGGUCCAGCAGAAGACAUACCAGGAAAAAACAAACUCGAAUUUUAUCAAUCGCGAGACAUUAGUCGACUGCGUGUGCUGUUGAAAGCAGAAGGUGUUAAACGAUGCAAGAAUCGCUUUUUCGAACUGAAGCCAAAGCUGUCGCUGAAAGAAAAUUUGAAGGGCAAAACCAUUGUCGAAUAUCCUGUAAUUUACGUUAUUUUUAAAGAAGCAUCCGAUGGAUUCGAUGUUAUUGAAUCAGACGAUGAUGUUGAAGCGGAAACCAAGAUGUAUCAGAGACACUUGGAUCUACAGUACGGACAGCGGAGACAUCGGUUUAUAAAGGAUGAACCGAGACAACGGGAGCAGGAAUCCAAAAUAUUGGACGGCAUAAAUAAACUUGAAAUUGACAGAAAGCGAGAAGAACGUCGGCGGAAAAAAGAACUCAACAAUGCAGAGCCGAUCAAUUUACUAUUUAGCGAUGAGAACCUAUGGAAUCAAUAUUCGUCGGAUUCGGACGGACAAGUAACCGAGGAGGAAGAGGGAGAGGUUUUCUCACCAAAGAGAUUGAAAACCGAAAAAGUAUAAUUUUUUUAUUACGCAUUAAUUAAUUUUUAGUUCUACUAUGAAUUCUGUAAAAAAUAAAUGAAUUUCGAAAUAUGGUGUGAUACAGAUUUACUGUAUGUAAAAACAA